AUGCGCGUCCUCCUCGUCCUCGCUCUGCUCCUCGGGCCGAUCGGCGUCGCGACGGCGUCGUCGUCGUCCUCGCGCCCGACGCCGCCGCCGCGCGAGCGCGGGGGUCCCGCGCGAGAGUGGCGACGCGCGGUCGAGCGCAUGCGAGCGCUGGACUAUCACGCCCUGCGCGAGCGCUUCGGCGGCGGCGUCGUCGAGGCUGGCGCGGACGGCGACCGGCACGGCGCGCCGUGCGCGUUCCGCGACGCCGCGACGCGCGCGUCGUUCGACCUCUCGCCGCUGAAGCUGCCGUACGGGAGCUCGUACAUGUUCCACGACGUCCAGGGCGCGGAGGACUCCGUGCACGCGCGCGCGAGGGAGCGCGAGCGCGGGAGGCUGCCGCGCGAGGACGAGAGCGACGCGGAGGAGAAACGAGACGAAGGCGACGACGACGACGACGACGACGACGCCGACGCGGAGGCGAAGGACGAGUACGACUACUGGAUCAACGUCUGCCAGGCGGUAUCGUCGCCGCCGCGGGAGUGCGCGGGGAAGCCCGGCGCGCCGGCGUAUCAGGUCGUCGUCCAUCCCGGCGACGGCGACGGCGACGGCGGCGGCGACGACGACGGCGACGACGACGGCGGCGGCGGCGGGACGAGAGCGAAGAGAGACAAAAGAAACAGACGAAGACGCGGCCGCCGCCGCCGCGGCGACACCCUCCUCCACGACGUCGUCGACGAAGAUUUCGGCCGCAAACCGAAGACGAAAAAGCACAAGAAGAAGCCGGCGGAGUGCCACGCGCUCGGGUCCCUGCGGAACGUCACGUUCGCGCUGAUCGACGCGUCGUCGCCGGAGACGGGAGUGAGCGUCCGAUACGGCGGCGGCGACGACUGCCUGCGAAGGGUCGAGUCCCCUCCGCCCGUCGGUUCCGACCCCGGCGGCGAUCCCAUCGUGACGUGGGUCCCGACGCCGCGCACGCUCACGAUGCGCAUGCUCUGCGACGAGCGCGACGCCGGCGUGCGCGACCCCGCGAGCUUGAUGUCGCUGAUGCGCCGCGUGCACGUGCGAGAGGACCGCAUGUGCGAAUAUUUGUUGGAGUGGCGGACGCGACACGCGUGUCCGACGUACGACACGUGUACGAGCGCAUGGUCCGACAGUUUGUACGACAGUAUCGUCGUCGGCGGCCUCCUCCUCCUCCUCCUCCUCUUCCUCGGCGGCGGGUGCGUGAACUGGUGGCGCGUGCGCGUGGCGCUGACGCGCGCGCUCGCCGGGGAGGCCACCGUCGGCGACGCGUUUCGCGCGGCGGCGCCGGACCGCAGACUGUUCGCCCGUAGGGUUCGCGCGCGCGCUCGCGACGCCGCGGCGCUGUGGAGGUGGGCGCGAGGGCGCGGACGGCCUCGGGGCGCGUUCGGGGGCGCGGCGCGCGGAGCGCGCGCGGCGUGGACGCGGGAGAACGGCGCGAGGUACGGGCGCGGGAAGCAGGAGGUGUGA